UAACCUGCCGGCAAAAACAAAAACAUCUUUGCAGCAAGCAAAAAGCUUUGCAGCUGCAAGCAAUUUUUGUUUUUUCUUCGAGGCAGGGACGGCACGAUUGAAGAGUGAAGCAUAAUAUAAAGUCGCAGGCGAUAUUAUUUUGCGAUCAGUAGUAAUUUGGCCACAACAACAAGCUGUGGAUAGUAUUUCAGAGUCGUCAAAAUGCUUUUUAAAAGGCUAUGUUUGGCACCAUCAAUAAUUCUCUCUCUGACUGCUUCGUUCGUAGCAGCGCACGAGGACACAGCAGAAAGUGUCUCGUACACCACGGACGCUUUCAAAGAAGAGGUCGCCAAGAAAAAUCACUUUGUCAUGUUUUAUGCUCCAUGGUGUGAACAUUGCAAACGACUCGGACCUACGUGGAAUAAUCUUGCCAAGAAAUUUGGCGUUGGCGACGAUGCUGAGGUUGUCAUCGCCCAAGUCGACUGCACAGUAGAAACUGCUCUCUGUUCAGAAAAUGACGUCACAGGCUACCCAACAUUGAAGUUCUUCAAAGCAGGUGAAAGCGAUGGAGUGAAAUUUAGAGGAUCACGUGAUAGCAGUACCCUGAAGUCAUUUAUCUUUGAGCAACUGGGGAAAAAAGAUGAUGAUGAUAAUGAUGUGUGGCGCCCUUGUGUGCAAAAUUGUUCAGUUGGCACACCUUGCCAACUGCCCUUGUUAUUCUCUCCGUUUGUUGCCAAGAGCAACCGCGCACCUCUCAAUUUGUGCGUUCUUCGCCCCUGUUUUCAACCCUUUAAUUAGGGGUAAGCUUAUUCAUGCUAUGAUUUAAUCAAUCUUCAUUAAUUUCUCUUUAAUUUGGUGUAUAAUAUGUCAGAGUUGCUUAAAGAUUUAUAUGUGUAUUUUUAAAUUAGAAAAAGUCUAAUGUGC